CCUGCUUCUCUCUUCCUCCUGUUCUUCCAUCCAUGGCGCUGAAACACCCACGCUCUCGAUAGUGGGACUCGGCCAGCUGUCAUUGUUGCCGUCACCGCUGUCAGGUCCUCCUUCUACUGCACCUGCGGGUCGAAGCGAUGCCGAAAUGUUGAACCUUUUAGAUCUUCUGAUGUCGUGGCAGGGAUUCCUUGAUGAUAUCGCAGCGCUCUGCCCUCGAGGCGAGACAAUAGCCACGAGACCUACCUGACCGAGCAAGCUCCUACCCUCUCGACGCUUGACUGUUAUUGUGAAAAGACCGCCCACAGCACCACGUCUGGUCUGUGAAUCUUUUGACCAUCCUCUUUGCCGACAUUCUGUCAGCCUGGCUCCCUAUCGUCGUCGGCCUGACGAGUCUCCGCCCGCUUUUUCUUACACUCCUUCAUCCUCUCGUUAUUGGUCGUCGAGUUGGCAUCUUCCAACAAGCACCCGGUCGUUUUACGUGUUGUCACCAGCCUCCGUUGGAUAUAUCCUGUCUGAAAAUCCCCUAAUCUAGAUCUUCUGCUGCGGCCGCCAGAACAUUCCACGGAACGUCAGGAACAAGGACGCUUACUACUGAAAUCCGAUCUGACAGGCUCACUGCGACCGACUGGGGAUUCCGCCCCCAGCUAAUCGUCCGUCCGGUUCAUCCCAGGACAUUGCGCGGCAGCUAUUCAGAUUGUCGCAAACGCAUUUGUUCUCGCAGACAGAAGCGCAACAUGACUCCGCAUCAUCGCGCAGUGCUCGUACCAAGGUGAUGCUGUUCUGGAGGAUCUGAAACCGAUUGCUGGCUCUACCCAACAUGCCGUCGCCGAAUCAUCGUUCCAGAGCUUCGCUGGCUUCGACGAGCACGGGAGCGGCCAUACGGCGUGGAGAUUUGAAAAUCUCGGACCCAAUACCUUUCAACGAAUCAAGGGACAUGUUCACCACCUCAGCUUCAGUCCCCUCCCCUGGCCCUGCAUCUGCUUAUCAGUCCAACGACACUACCUGGCAACACCAAAACCUUCCGCCGCAAGAGUACCAUCAUCGCCAUGUCAGCGAAGUACCGAUCAAUAUGACCUUGCGGAAUUCCGCCGGUCCAUCGCUCAUCCCAAGUUCCAUGUCUUCGGUGCCUUCCAAGUCGUCUAUGAGCCAAAAGAAGCCUGGAGGGUUGCGUGCAACUCUCAAGCGUAUGUUCACGGGAAGGAAACAUCGGUCUGUUCCUGCUCAAGCCAACAAUUACCAUUACAGUGACCCAGGCCAACUACUUCCUGUCAGUGAACAGCAUCAACCUAGACAGUCAGAGCCUCCACAGGCUCCUGGACACGCAAUACCGGGCAGGGCACUGACGUCGCACUCGGUACAUUCAACUCUCGAGCAGAAUCUUCCGUCAUCACCUCGGCGCGGGCGUCGAAACACCUUACCUAGUCUGGUGUUCAGUGAUAAGGACUUGGGCUCGUUAGCUGCUCUUACCAAUUGGGCUGCCGGCGAAAGCACCCAACAGAGCAAACGGUCAAAGGAGGAUUGCGUCUCUGAUGGUCAAUUGAAACGUCGAUCUAGGAGUGCUGAUCAGCUCAAUGAAGCCUUGCGCUCAAGCGGUGUUGAGCCUUCACCUACCCGCGACCGCGCCAGUGAGAUCGCCUACUGGCGAAAUAGCGCCAUCGAGAAUCCCGUCCCGGUGUAUAGUGGUCAAUCGAUCGCCGUCGACCCGGUAUAUGUCACAGCUGCGCCCGUGAGUUCGACAGCAGAAUCUGAACGAGCCUCCUCGAGUGCUGCCAACCCGAUGCAGGCCUUCGAUUUUGGGUUGGAUCUUUCCAACGUCGAUGACACAAGCUUGGAGCAAAGAAUCAAUACAUUGGAAAUCAAGCUCAUUGAUUUCGAAUAUGCCAUUGCCAAACUCCAAGGGACAAAGAUAUCCAAUCCCGUCAGAGAAUCGCGACACUUCAAUCAGGGACCCAUGCAAGACGGCUUUCCCAAUGAUUACGCGGAUGCCACUUUGACUUCGGUCUCUUCGCAGGAGAGUAGCUAUCUAGCUUCUUCUCCGAAUACUGUUAACAACAUGAGCUUUCUGUCAUCCCCAGGCGAUUCUCCUUCCCUAUCACCAGAACGAGAAGAUCUCUUCCGCCCUCAACGAAGCAGCAAGGCCACAACCGCCACCAUCACGCCAUACAAUUCAAAGCCCAAGACACCACCCCCACCAGAAUCACCGACCUCGAUUCACAUACCUUUGGACAAGUUUGAAGCCCUCCUGGAGAUGGUCAAGGAUGAAAAGGCAGCGCGCCUGAGAUUGGAAGAGCAAGUAAUGGAGCUUCAAAAGGAGGUUGAAAUCCUCCGGACUCCAGUGUACGCCACCAUCAGAGAAGCGCCUUAUCCGACCCCAAGUCCCGAGUCAUCACACCAUAAUAUACCCGCGACUCCACGAGUGCUGCACCGAUCCCCAGGAUUUCAACUAAACUAUCCACCUCCUGAGAUCUCACGAUUCAGCGGAACCGAUCAGGAAUCAGAAAACGAGCAGGAAGAGGGAGGUUUCGAGGAAGUUUACGAAACACCGCUAGAGAAUUCGAGAAAGACUUUUGAGACUGCUCGAGAUGAUGUACGGCUGCCGGUAAUAUGAGCAUGAGCAUGAGCGCAAGCAGAAAUUUUUCACACAAAAUACAAGUUUUAGCAUGUUCCGAUAUGGUUAUGUUUUCGAUUAUUGCACGCAUUCGGUGGACUUGACAGACAUUUGCACAUCAAGCGGAAUUGUCACUGUCAAUAUUUAAUGAUUGGGGAGGAAAGACUUAGUCCCAGUCAGACUACGGUACGGUGCUCUUUUCAAGGAGAGAAAGACCGACAAGAUGGUGCUUGUGACCCUGCGGACCUCAGAGAAGUUUGGUUUCGUACGCCGAUUUGAGUGAGCGUUUUUAUCGGGUUGGCUAUGUUGUAUAUUAUGCAAUCUGUAUAGGUCUAGGG